AUGCAGGAACGUGAUCAGCUGAAGAUCAUUAAUUAUGGGCGGAAGACCAGUAAACUGGAAGCCCCUCUUGACCCAUGGUUUGAUGAAACGUUGAUGCUUACAGAGUUGAAAUUUUUUACAAAGUAUGGUUAUAGCAUUGUUAAUCAUGUAUGUUUUGUUGUAUACGUCUUUGUAUUCAAUGUGAAACAACGCACAAAAAGACCCACUGUCAGCAUAAAUCUUUCUGGUAGUGUCUGCAUAGAAAUCAAAUAUAAUUGUCUAAGCCCUCCACCAGUUAGCAAAAACACUGAAUCUAGAUCACCUCAACUUCAAAUAAACGAGACGUUCGAGAAUGGAACCGAUAAUCCAUAUUACUUUUCACCAACAAAUUUAGUGAAACACAAGCAUCAUAAUAAUAACAAAGGGAAAACGGAAGACAUGAACCAUACUAAGAGGAAAAGUUAUCAUGAGAUGCACAAAGAGGCAUUACUAAAUGCAAGAAACACCAUUUUUUUAGUGGCUAUUUUGAUUGCUACUGUAACUUUUGCUGCUGGUAUUACUCCACCUGGUGGCGUUUAUCAAGAAGGACCAAUGGAAGGGAGAUCAAUGGUAGGUAAAACAUCAGCUUUUAAGGUUAUGUCUGUGGCUGUGGCAUUUAUGGCAACUGGCUAUGUUGCAGCAACAUGGGUGAUUUUGCCACAUAGUCAUGGGAUGCAUAGGCUACCUGUUGUGCUAUUAGCACUUUGUGUUGGGAAAAGGAAAAAAAGGAAAGAGAAGAUGAAAAAUGCAGAUUCUGAUAAGGAAAGUGAGAAUUCAGAUUUUCAAAGUUCUUAUUUACAGGGUUAUCAUUCAUAUUAA